ACUAUCCCAUACUAUCGAAAGAAAUAUAAAUGAAUGUUGUGAAAUUCAGAGUCAGCUAAGCGUUUCUAAUACCACUCACUGUUAGAUCCAAGCGUCGAGAGGUUCCAGAUCAUUCAGUAAAGGUAUAAUUUACAAACAAAAGUCAUGAGUGAGUUUCCGAAAAUUGCCGGAGCAAUCGUUCUGCCACAAAUUGGAGGAUGGAUCAACGGAUACCUCACCCGGCAGGAAAUCAAAUCCUGGUACAGCACACUGAACUUUCCAUCGUUCCGACCGCCGAACUGGAUUUUCGGUCCGGUUUGGACUUCCCUGUACGCCGGUAUGGGAUAUGCCUCGUACCUGGUUUGGCGAGAUGGAGGAGGUUUCCAUGGAGUUGCACAAGGACCACUCGUUCUGUAUGGAGCACAGCUAGCAUUGAAUUGGGCUUGGACGCCAAUUUUCUUCAAGAAACAUGAACUGAAAUGGAGUUGCGUGGAAUUAGCUGCCCUGACCGCUACAGUCGCUGCUACGGGAUUCGCAUUCUUCAACGUGAACAAGCUGGCCGGCCUGCUCUUCGUUCCAUAUCUUGCGUGGUGUUCGUUUGCAACUUUGCUUAAUUAUAAAAUAUACGAAUUGAAUGCAUCAGACGACAAGCCAACAGCAACCAUAGAAGAAGUCAAAGAAGAUAAGGAUAAGUAAAACAAAAGCAAUCAAAAUUUAUCAGCAGCCGGUAAAACUGUCUGUCUGCGGUGUAUUACGUCAACGUAUUUGCAAUUGUAACCAUUCGUAGUGCUAAGAAAAUUUUGCAUAGCUUAUGUUUACACUACUGGAGAAUUAAAUAUUUACACGCUUCUUGAACAAUCAUAGCACAAAUACAUAAUGAUAGUGCA